CUUAACGCCAUUGGUCCUCCAAUGCGUAACAGACGCGAGUGGAAUAAGGUUUGGUUGGAUUACAAGCUGAAGCAAAAAAAAAAAUUGCGACAAACCGACGAGAAACUGUGGUCACAGGAGGAGAACCUUACACACAACAAAGCACCACUAGAGCGAACCGUUGAUGAGCUUCUCCACCUUCAGGAAGCAGUCAACCCAGCAGGGUCUUCAUUUGGAACGAACGUGGAAGAAAAUGCGGUGAGUGGCAACGGAAUUUAUUUAGAGGAGCCACUAGGCGAACAAGCUCCACAAGAUGCGGAUUUGAUACCGCGAUCAUCAACUCCACGGCCAAGGGUGACAGUUCAGGAUCGGGAUGCAUUCGGAUCAAAGCGUUGGAACAGCAGGCUGAAGUGUAAGACACACUUUGCGAGAGGAUUUCUAAUAUUGAGAAGAAGCUUGAAGAAAUCGCGAGGUAUAUGAGAAAGACGUACGAUUUAAAAAAGGAAGAAUUAAAUUUAUUGAAAUUAAAGGAAGAA